CGGUUUUCCGUUGCGCCAUGCUUUUGUCUCCGCCGCCGCUACUUCCACCACAUUUUUCCCGCGGAAGAGUCUCUUCAAGAGCUGUUAGAUGUUCUUCAGUUUCGCCUCUGUUCCCGUCGAAGUCAUCGAAGAGGAAGAAUUAUCUGCGACCCAAAAUCCUUAGAACCCUAAAUCCUAAGCCCUCCGAGACAACCUCAAUCGAAAUCGAAGUACCAGAAAGCGCUCCUCCAAACGACGUAUUCUCCGAUCAGAGUGGCAGUGUGGAGGAGCUUCAGGUCUCCAGCAGCUCUGUUGUAUCGGACGAGCUCAAUGGCAUGUCCGGUAAGCUCUCUCCGAAAUCGGUAGCGAAUUACGGAUUGUAUUUGGUCGGCGUUUUCGUAUUUCAAACUGUCUGUGCUGUUUGGUUUCUGGGAAACUCGACAAAUUCCAGGAAAAGGCUGGAAAUUUCAAAUGAUAUUGGAAGUUCAAGUAGCAAAAUUCUAUUGAAUGGAAGCGGAAACUCUUCCAAUGAAAUAAAUGGGUUGCGAGCCGGCAAUUUGAUUUACCUUGACAAGCUCGAAAUGAACGAGAAGAUCACUGAGAUCCGAGCCAUGGCACGAGAUGCACGUAAGAGUGAGCAAAAGGAUGGCAAGAAGAGUGAAUUCGAUGAAGGGAUGAGCACUAGUGGACUGCUAGAUAUUGAAAAGGAGAUUGGUGCAAAAUUGUCUUAUAUGGAGAAGCGGUUGAAUUCUCAGCGAAAAGGGUUGGCAGGUCUAUCUGUAUCACCCAUGGACAAGUUUGGCAAUGGUGAAGGCAAAAGGAGUGAUCUUGAUAUAGAAGACGAUGAGAAAAGUUUGACUUUUGAGAAAAAGUACAAGUUCAAGGCCGAGAAACCACCGAGUAAUGCGAAAGGCUUUGGUGGUAUUAGAGGAAAUAGAGGGAAGUCAGGGCGGAAUGCAAACGCUAAUGAUUUGCUAAAUAAUGAGAAGAAAUCCGAAGAAAUGAAAAAUCAAAAGGGAGCUGCAGAUCCUGAGAUUAUGUCUGGUGCUGUUCAGGAGAAUAAUGAAAGGCCAUCAUCAAACCAAGUUAAGAAGUCAAGAAGUUCCUUGUCAAGCCGAGGAAAUGGGAACAUUAGGAGAAACGGCAGUGAAAGGCAGUCCGGUAAAGAAAAUGGUUUUUGGUGGUUGAAGCUUCCAUAUGUUUUGAGAAUUCUUAUGCGGAGUAAUAUUGACGAAGAAGUAUCUGAGGGUUUCUUUAUUCUGAGAACGGAAUCUGCGGAUAAAAAUGAGACCGAGAAUUCAUACGUUGUUGCAUUUGAGGAUCAAAAUGAUGCCAGAAACUUCUGUUAUCUGCUGGAAUCGGUUUUUGAAGAUUUAGGUGGUUUUUGCACCGAUAUUGUUCCUGCAUCAACCAAGGAUCUUCUCAAAGAAGUGAGUUUGUCCGGGAAGAAAGUGAUCGUUGUGAAGAAGAGGCAGCUCACUUUGUAUGCCGGCCAACCAUUUGAAGACGUCGAAAGAGCAUUGCAUUCUUUGAUCCAAGAACAAUGAAUAUAGCAGCUGGAGAUUUUCACAGAAGAUCCAGGAAAUUGAGAGAAACAGAACAUUGGAAAAUAUCUUCCAGAGAUUUGAUGUCAUGACAGAACAUUGUUAUUAGGACAUGAAAAAAGGAACAAAACAACUGAUGUAUAGCUCUGUAUUCUUCAUCAAUGGAAACCGACGUUUGCUUUUGUUGCUU